UAAAAGAUUUAUCAUCCAACCGUCCAUUUUAUCUCCUUAAAGCCUUUUUAUUCGCCAUCCUUAGGGUUUUCUCCAUACCCGCCGAAGCCAGAGCUCUUGGGUUUUCUGUCACUCAAAAGCAGAAGUCGCUCCGGCUCUCGAUUCUCCUCGAGUCAGACUUUGCCAAGAUGUAUACUUCAAGGAAGAAGAUUUCUAAGGAUAACAAUGCUGAGCCGACUGAAUUCGAAGAGUCGGUUGCUCAAGCGGUAUUUGAUUUGGAAAACACAAAUCAGGAGCUGAAGAGUGAUCUGAAGGACCUCUAUAUCAACUCAGCAAUUCAAGUUGAUGUGUCUGGAAGCAAGAAGGCCGUGGUUAUCCAUGUGCCCUAUAGGCUUAGGAAGGCUUAUCGCAAGAUCCAUGUUCGCCUCGUGAGGGAGCUUGAGAAGAAGUUCAGUGGGAAGGAUGUGAUCCUGAUUGCCACACGUAGGAUUGUGAGGCCUCCUAAGAAAGGGUCAGCUGCUCAACGUCCCCGCACUCGUACACUAACUGCUGUGCAUGAAGCAAUGUUGGAAGAUGUUGUGUUGCCUGCUGAGAUUACUGGAAAGCGCAUCAGAUACCGUCUGGAUGGAUCCAAGAUAAUGAAGGUGUUCUUGGACCCCAAGGAACGAAACAACACCGAGUACAAGCUGGAGAGCUUCUCUGCUGUUUACCGGAAGCUUUCAGGAAAGGAUGUUGUGUUCGAGUACCCAAUCACCGAAGCAUAGAAAUAUCUGGUUUACCUGAAGAACUGCAGUCGAGCAGGCAGACAAUUUAAAAUUUUGAUGUCGAGUACUUAGCGCUUAUUUUGUUGAUUUGAUAUGGUUUAAUGUCGGAUUUUAAUUCUGUUUUCUUAAUCGAAGGAUUUAUAAUCAGCAAGUGUUUUGAUGUUUCAAAUUUCA